AUGAAGCUCGUCAGGUUUCUUAUGAAGUGCCAGAAUGAGACGGUCACGGUUGAGCUCAAGAAUGGCACGAUUGUAAAUGGAACCAUUACCUCUGUCUCACCGCUUAUGAACGUCGCCCUCCGAGCGGUCAAGUACACGCCCAAGUCUCGCGAUACCGUAGCCCUCGAUACAAUGACUGUCCGUGGCUCAACGAUUCGCUACAUCAUACUUCCCGACUCAUUACCACUCGAUACACUUCUCAUUGACGAUGCGCCAAAGCCCAAGAACAAAGCAAGGAAAGAGGUUGCUGGUGGUGACCGCGGCGGAAGGGGCGGUGGCCGCGGAGGUGGCCGAGGACGUGGAGGCGGUCGUGGAAGGGGCGGCGGUGGCAGGGGACGUGGACGAGGCUUCUAG